AUGGAGCAGUGGCGGGGCAGAGGGAGAUGGAGCAGCGGCGGGGCAGAUGGAGAUGGAGCAGUGGAAGGGCAGAUGGAGCAGUGGCAGGGCAGAUGGAGCAGUGGUGGGGCAGACGGAGAUGGAGCAGCGGCGGGGCAGAUGGAGCAGCAGCGGGGCAGAUGGAGCAGCGGCGGGGCAGAUGGAGAUGGAGCAGUGGCAGGGCAGAUGGAGCAGCGGCGGGGCAGACGGAGAUGGAGCAGCGGCGGGGCAGAUGGAGAUGGAGCAGUGGCGGGGCAGAGGGAGCAGUGGCGGGACAGAUGGAGAUGGAGCAGUGGCGGGGCAGAUGGAGCAGUGGUGGGGCAGACGGAGAUGGAGCAGCGGCGGGGCAGAGGGAGCAGUGGCGGGACAGAUGGAGAUGGAGCAGUGGCGGGGCAGAUGGAGAUGGAGCAGCGGCGGGGCAGAUGGAGCAGCGGCGGGGCAGAUGGAGAUGGAGCAGCGGCGGGGCAGAGGGAGCAGUGGCGGGACAGAUGGAGAUGGAGCAGUGGCGGGGCAGAUGGAGAUGGAGCAGUGGCGGGGCAGAUGGAGCAGUGGUGGGGCAGACGGAGAUGGAGCAGCGGCGGGGCAGAUGGAGCAGCAGCGGGGCAGAUGGAGCAGCGGCGGGGCAGAUGGAGAUGGAGCAGUGGCGGGGCAGAUGGAGCAGCGGCGGGGCAGAUGGAGAUGGAGCAGCGGCGGGGCAGACGGAGAUGGAGCAGCGGCGGGGCAGAUGGAGAUGGAGCAGCGGCGGGGCAGAUGGAGAUGGAGCAGCGGCGGGGCAGACGGAGAUGGAGCAGCGGCGGGGCAGAUGGAGCAGCGGCGGGGCAGAUGGAGCAGUGGCGGGGCAGACGGAGAUGGAGCAGCGGCGGGGCAGAUGGAGCAGCGGCGGGGCAGAUGGAGCAGCGGCGGGGCAGACGGAGAUGGAGCAGCGGCGGGGCAGAUGGAGAUGGAGCAGCGGCGGGGCAGACGGAGAUGGAGCAGCGGCGGGGCAGAUGGAGAUGGAGCAGCGGCGGGGCAGACGGAGAUGGAGCAGCGGCGGGGCAGAUGGAGCAGCGGCGGGGCAGAUGGAGCAGUGGCGGGACAGACGGAGAUGGAGCAGUGGCGGGGCAGAUGGAGAUGGAGCAGUGGCGGGGCAGAUGGAGAUGGAGCAGCGGCGGGGCAGAUGGAGCAGCGGCGCCGCCCCGAACACCAACACGUCAAGGUUCUGCCCGAGCAUCCCUGCUCCAUCGCUCUCUACAAGUUCCUCUUACCUAUCACUCUGUCCUCCAGAAUCUUCACCCAUGUGUUUAUAUUACUUUCCUAAAAUAA